UAUAACACAUCUUCAUUUUCUAACUUAGAACAUUCUGUAUACCUAGAUACCUCUUACUUACCUCCACGUCCUGUGUUUAUGUACUUUGUGAAGUUAAACAUUAUUGUGUAAAUAUUAAUAAUUUACACUUACAUAUAAUUAUUUAAAGUAAAAAAUAUAUAUAUAGAGUAAAAAAACUUAAUCAAACGAAAUAUGUUUGGUAAUAAAAAAAGUAAUUUACCACCGAGACCCAAUAUUCCUAAUCCCGAGCAUAUGUUAGAAGAUCUCGAUCAUGCUGCUGUGGAUGACAUAGCAUUCAAAAUAAUAAACAAAGAUGAAUUUCUCGGGGAAAAUUUAGUAUCUUCAAAUUCUUCUGAUACAUAUCAAAAAGUGAAAAUGUAUUUAAAUAUUAAAGAACAAUUAAAACAUUUGGAGACUACUCUUGAAAAGAAAGAACAACAACUGAGAACAGACAAUGAGGAGAUAAAAAGAUUGGCAGAUGAUAUUAAGAAACAAGCACAAGCUGCAUUAAUAACAUAAAGCCUUCUGUAUUUAGCAAUUACAUUUGAGUUAUCGGAACAUUAUUCUUUUUAAGAAAACAUUUAGUAUAACGCAUCCACUUCUAAAUUAAGUUCACCUUAACCAUUAGUUGUAUACACAUGAAUAAACAGUUUGUACAAAAUAUUUUUACCUACAGGCACAUGUGGAAUUUUAAUAUGUAUAUAUGAAUGAUAUAUGAUAUAAUUUCUAACAUAAAAUAUACAUACUAUUAUAAUAUACAUCCAAUAACAACAUAUAAUAAUAUACACGCAGUCAACAUUGUAGGAAAAUAAAUGUUGCAUAAUCAUAUUGUUUUUCAUUGUGGAGAUAUAUACUCUAUACAGAUACUGAUAACCAUAAUAACUAUAUAAGUUUAUUAAAAAAAUCAUGAUAGAAGAUAAUAUUAUAGAAUACUUGAAAUAUGGCCUAAAUGUGAUCUAAAUGUUACAGAGAAUUCAUUAAAAGGCACUGCAAUUAUGGUUAUUUAAAAUCUUUUUGUAGAUUCAAGUUAAACUAAUAUUAAAAUAUAUAUUGGAAAGUAUAAAAGUAAUUCGCAUACUUAUUUUGCUUUAAGUAUGAAUCUGUAACAAAUACUGUAUGUCUUUAUCUUAUUUAAAAAGCGUUGCUAUAUAAAUUUUUGUUACUCAUUUGGAAUGAUAAAAAAUAUUAAAAUGUAGAAAAAUAUGUAUAUCUUGUGAAUGAUUUGAUUGUUCAACUAUAACACUUCAGUAACCACGCAUUAUUAAAACUUUGAAGUUCUGAAAGUAUUUUUGUUUAUGAUAUGAACUUCUUUGUGCUUAAACCUUAAUAAUUAGAAUAAUAGCAACUGAUAUGCAUACUUCUUUCAAAAUGCCUUAACACUAAACGUACCGACUUGUGUAUAUAUUUAUUCCUACCGUAACCGGUCAAAUAACUCGUUACAGAAUAAAAGUAAACAAAUUAGAAAAUAAAUUUUUCUUAUUGAAUACAGAAACAAAAGGAAACAUAAAAAUUGAAAACCCGAUUAAUCAGACAGUAUAGGAAUUGAUAUAAAGUUAAAUGAACGAAAGAAAACACAGAAUUUUCAAUCAAAUUUAAAAACCGAUCAUUUGACCAGGCGCGGUACGUUUAGUGUUAGUAAUACUGUUGUGCUUUGUUUAAGUGAUCGAAAUUAAUAACUAGGGAUACCUGCCAUCUCAGAUCUAACUUCAUAUCUAACUAAUGGUUCAUUAAGAUAAGCACACCACGUAAAACCAGGUGGAUAUCCUGAAAAAAUCAUGCAAAAAUUUUAAAUUAGUAAUACUAAUUAUGUACUAUAAAAGAUUACACGAUUAUUAUGGUUACACGCUUCAUGAAAAAAAUUUCCUUACGCCAAGUUUCACCAAAUGUGUAUACAUAAAUAUAUUGUAAAAAGCGACGUACCUACUUUAUACGGAACACGUUUGUUUAGAUAUACAUGAAGUCGAAUUAUACGAUACUUACACAAUACUAUUUACCAAAUGAGUUUUUCAUGUGUUGACAAAAUGUGGUUCAGACAAAAUAUCAAAUUGUAUCCCCUUUUGUCCAGCUGCAUGCAAGUAACAUCCCUGAAUUAGUCAGUGGUUAGUGACAAAUACCUAUGUUUUAGAAAAAUAUAUAUAUACACAUAAGGCAUAUUUAAGUAACUAAGACUCGAUAAUAUGUUUUCUGUGCGGUAAUUGUUACUUUAAUGAGAAGGCUUAUAAAGAAUGUAAUUAUCCCCUCACCAAAAAACAUGUGUAUUAUGCUCUUAUAUUUAUUUAUAACAUUUUUAACAGUAAUAUAAAAGUGCUUCACAUUUUUCUUUUAUAUAAAAGUAGAACAACUGUUCAACCCUGUUUAUUUGCAGGAAUUAAGUGUUCUUAAACAGAAUAUAAAAGUAUACAAUAUAUUAUAUUCUUACAUAAUACAUCAAUAUAUUGAAUUAGGACGGAUUAAAAGAUAUGUAAAUAUAAUAUUGUAUGGCAUUCACAACAUUUUUAACAUGUAAUACUUUCGCAGCGAUUACAAAAGAGUUCAAAAUUUUUAAUACCAAUGCUUCUUUAAUUGUAAGUUGCUUCAAAUGAAACAAACGUAGACAUUAUUCUUUUCUCAAAAGAAUUAUAAUCUUUUUGAAUUAUAUAUAAUUUUCCAAUAAUGAAAUUGGGAAAUUAUAUAUUCUUACAUAUGUAUAUAUAUAUGUAAUAUCUACCAAAUUAUAAAAACAUAUAUUAAAUGAACUACGAAUGUUGUAACAUAAUUCAGUUUUCGAACAAUAAUAGUAAUAACGGAAUGAUU